AGUCAUUUAUUUUGACAAAAUUUUGCUCUGUGACAAACAAACAGCAGAGACAGAAAAGAAAAGAAUAGAAAGUGAAAGAAGAAAAGAAAAUUCAAUUUUAAUUUGCUGCUGGACGGCAAAUGGGGCUUCUGGGACCAUGUAUAUAUAUUCAAGCAGCCAUUCCCCAAUCCCAUGCUGUGUACAAAGUAAACCACUCUUCAGUACUCUCCACAAGCUCUUCUGAUUUGCUUGUUAAGUUCAGCAAAGAAAGAGAAACCAGAAGAAAAUCCAUUAAUUAAUCCCAAUUCCCACAUUCUAUUUGUUCUCAUCUUGAGAAUCCCAAACCUGUAAAUCUUUGGAAUCUCUUAUUCUCAAUCUCUCUCUCUCUCUCUCUCUCUCUCUCUCUCUCUCCAAAUGAGGCCUUCUUCACUAGUCUCUCUACUGGUUUUGUCCCUUGUCCUCUCUGGGGCUCAAGGGAUUCGUUUGGAGAAGGGGCUUGUAUCAGCUGGGCAUCAGAAAAUCCAUGAGAAGACUACUGCUGUGACCAAAACAAUUAAUACUGAUACUGCUGAAGGGUUCAUUCCCUGCAAAGAGGAGCACUGUUCAGGAAAGAAUAGAAAACUCGAGGCCAAGACUCCCUCUACCACAAUCAACACUUCCAAGAAUGCGAAGAAUGGAGACACUAAAGUUGACCAUCGUCUAUCUAAAGGCAAAUCAAGUAAUGAACAUGGUGGGAAAGAAGAGAGUUUUUCUGUUAAGUCGUCGCCGGUUUCGGAGCACCGGGAGGCCACCCCCGGGCACUAUCCGGACAUCAUAGACAUAGCUGGAAUGGACUAUACUCCUGCAAGGAAAAAACCUCCAAUACACAAUUAGGGUGGAACUUUGGAAGCAACUCAUUAAACAAGAGUUUAAACAAUUAAGAAGGCUUUUAAUACUUAGGUGGAUAGAUGAGAAUGGAAGUUGGACAGCAUUACAGAAAUGCUGCAGUUUUUUAGGGUUAGGAAUGAUUUUGUACAUAGUAUAUAUGUUAGUGUUAUAUUAUUAUAUUAAUUGUCUCAUCAUUAUUAUACUAUUAGCUCAAUGAUUGAGUCAUAAACACUAGGCUGCUUACUAGCCUUUUCAUGUAAUCUCUUCAUUAAUUUUACACGGUAAGUAUCAACUUGAAUA